AUGGACGACCUGCGGGUCCUGUGGAUGCGCGACCGCGUAUAUACCGCCUUCAACCUCAACAACCCUAUGCUGUUUGAGGAGAUGCUGAGCCGUGAUGACGGCGAGGCGGAGGACCACAUCCUGCACUUCCUCAACCACUUGAGCGACGAGGACAACGCCUCUGCGCUGUUCUUCUACCGCGUCCUGGUACCCGAGGAGGUGGAGGUGGAGGAGCCAGACAUUCCCUCGGUCUUUGACGAGGAAGGAGAGGAAGAGGAAAGUGACUAUCAAAAAGUAGAGGCCACUGAAAAAGUGUCAGUCAAGUUCUCAAAGCUGAGAAGCGACUCCAUGACUCCCUCCCUGUUUGAUAUGGAUGACAACGGGCCAGAGGUAGAGACCUACAGCAAACUGUAUGGCAAGAAAACUGUAAAACACACCAUCAACAGACUGGAGCUACAUGUGAACCUCACCUCUCUUCCCGAGGAGUUUCUGGAACAGAAUGUGGUUUUCUUCCUCAGAAGCUCAAAAGACGCCAUCCCAGAAGCCACGGACAUGAACGAAGCAAUGGAGAUCAUGCCAGAGACCAUGGAGUAUGGUGUCAUCAACUCUCAGGUGCUCCAGCUCCUAAAGGACGUCAUCUGCCAGGUUUUCAUGCCCGCGCUGUCCUUCAACCAGCACAAAUCAGAGUCAGGCCAGGGGACACAGUUUGGAGAAAACCAGGAGUUUUCUCCUUAUGACCUGGCGGAGUCGGUGGUCAUCCCGGGGGAGGCGAUGGAGUAUCACAGCGUCCAGCUGAUCCGAGAUGAGUUCUUAAUGAAUCUUCAGAAAUUUGAGAACAACAUUCAAAGGACCAUACAGCAGCUAGAAGGUGAGAUCAAGCUGGAGAUGCCCAGCAUCAGCGUGGAGGGAGAAGUGUCCGAGCUGGUGUCCGAUCCGGGACUGGUAGAGAUUUUGGAACAGUGCGUCAUCCACUGGCUGGGCCAGAUUUCAUAUGCGCUGGAUUCCCAGAUGAAGAAGAAGCCCCAGGGCAAUGGUCCUCUGGCUGAAAUCGAGUUCUGGAGAGAGAGAAACGCAACGCUGAGCGCCCUCUACGAGCAGACGAAGCUUCCAUUCGUUAGGAAGGUCUUAGAGGUGAUCAAAGAAGCCGAGUCCAUGCUCACGGCCAACGUGCAGCCUAUCCUGACAGAACUCUUCAAGCUCCACAUGGAGGCCUCGGACAACGUGCGCUUCCUGUCCACUGUGGAACGUCACUUCAAGAACAUCACACACGGCUCCAGCUUCCAUGUGGUCCUGGACACCAUUCCAUCCAUGAUGAGUGCCCUGCGCAUGGUGUGGAUCAUUUCUAGACACUACAAUAGAGACGAGAGGAUGAUCCCGCUCAUGGAGCGCAUCGCCUGGGAGAUCGCUGAGCGUGUGUGCCGAGUCAUCAACCUACGCACCCUGUUCAAGGAAAACCGAGCAAACGCGCAGUUCAAGACCACGGAGGCCAGAAACACUCUUAAGCUAUGGAAGAAAUCCUACUUCGAUAUCCGGGCCAAGAUCGAGGCUUCUGGUCGGGAGGCACGAUGGGAGUUUGACCGGAAGCGGCUGUUUGAGAGAACAGACUACAUGGCCAACAUCUGCCAGGACCUCUCAGAUGUUCUGCAGGUCUUGGAAGAGUUUUACAACAUAUUUGGCCCAGAGCUCAAGGCUGUGACAGGGGACCCCAAGAGAAUCGACGAUGUCCUUGGCCGGGUAGACAGCUUGGUGGCCCCUAUGGAAAGCCUAAGCUUUGAUCCCUUCAGCAUCAGAUCCUCUCCGUACUGGAAAUACGUGAUGGAAGACUUCAAGCUUGAAGUUCUGGUUAUUGAGAAAGAAGCCAAAAACUUCAUCGACGAAUCUUUCAAAACACUUCGCUCGGCGGAAGCAGCCUUCGACAUGCUGUUAAAAUUCAAGCAUAUCCGCUCCCGGGAAGCCAUCAACCGUCAGAUGAUGAUGAAGUUUAAUGACAUCCUGGCACAGUACUACAAGGAGAUCGAUAUCGUUAAUAAGAUCUUUGUGCAGAACCAGGACAACCCGCCGCUGUACAAGAACCACCCUCCCGUGGCGGGUGCGAUAUGCUGGGAGCGGUCCCUCUUCUACAGGAUCAAGCACACCAUCCUUCGGUUCAUGGAGGUGGAGGAACUCCUGGACAGUGAGAGGGGCCAGCAGGUGAAGCAGAGAUAUCUGGAGGUGGGGAGGAAGAUGAAGGAGUAUGAAGACGGGAAGUAUGAGCACUGGAAGGAGACCACAGAGCAGAGCCUCCCAACCCUCAUGAAGAAGAGCCUGCUCACCAAGAAUAUCAUCACAGCCGAGGACUCAGCGAUCAUAGACAGGGGGACCACGUUUGUUAUCAACUUCUCUCCCAUUCUCAAAGAGAUUAUUAACGAAACCAAGUACUUAGAGCAGCUGGGAUUCAUCAUCCCUGAACUGGCGAGGAACGUGGCCCUCCAGGAAGACAAAUUCCUCAGGUACACAGAGGGGAUCCAGCGCAUGCUGGAUCAUUACCACCUGCUCAUCAACACGCUGAACGAGGCAGAGAUAGCGCUCCUGGAUGACCACUCCCAGGAGCUGCUCCGCGUCUUCCGGUCUGGGUACAAGAGGCUGAACUGGAACUCACUAGGAAUCGCCGACUACAUCACUCGCUGCAAGCAGGCCAUCGGCAAGUUCGAAACUCUGGUCCACCAGAUUCACAAGAACGCCGACGACAUCAACUCCAGGCUCACGCUAAUCGAGUCGGUCAGCCUUUUCAGGUUCCCAGUCGCCAAAACCGAGGAUAGGGUCCCAGGCGCAAAAGAGUUCUUUGAGUACAUUGAACGAGAAAGGGCCAGGGAUGUGGACCACAUGGUCCGGUGGUACAUGGCCAUCGGGCCCCUGCUGACCAAGGUGGAAGGUCUGGUGGUACACACCAACACGGGCAGGGCCCCGAAGCUAGCCUCCUACUAUGAGUACUGGGAAGGCAAGAUCUACGACGUCUUGGUGAAGCUCAUACAGAAGAAUCUACAGGCUUUCAACUCUCUGAUCCUCAGAAAUGUCCCUCUGUUCCAAGCGGAAACCAUCUUGUCGGCUCCAGAGAUCAUUCUUCACCCAAACGCCAACGAGAUCGAUAAGAUGUGUGUCCACUGCGUCCGCGGCUGUGUGGAGGUCACCAAGCAUUUUGUGCGCUGGAUGAACGGCAGCUGCAUUGAAUGCCCCCCGCAGAAGGGGGAGGAGGAAGAAGUUGUCAUCAUAAGCUUCUACAGUGACAUCUCCCAGAACACCCAGAUCAUGGACCAAGCCCUCAUGAUCCCCCAAAACAUCCACAGGCUGCUGGUGAACAUCAUGAAAUACCUUCAGAGGUGGAAGCGGUACCGGCCCCUCUGGAAGCUGGACAAGUCCAUCGUGAUGGAGAAGUUUGCGGCCAAGAAACCGGCCUGCGUGGCCUACGAUGAGAAGCUGCAGUUCUACUCCAAGAUCGCUGCCGACGUGAUGCGCCACCCACUGAUCAAGGAUGAGCACUGCAUCCGGCUGCAGCUCGGGCCCUUGGCCAGCACGGUGCAAGAAAAUGCGAAGUCCUGGGUGAUCUCGCUGGGGAAGCUCCUCAACGAAUCGGCUAGGGAGGAGCUUUAUAGCCUCCGGGAUGAGAUUGAGCACCUGGCCAAGAAUCUUAAGAAGAGCCCCAGCACCCUUGAAGACCUCAAGUUUGUCCUCGCUAUAAUUUCGGAGAUCAGGUCCAAAUCUCUAGUCAUGGAGCUGAGGUACAAGGACAUCCAGGAGCGAUACCGCACCAUGGCGAUCUACAACAUCUUUCCCACAGACGCUGAGCAAGAACUGGUUGACAACAUCGAGAACAUGUGGGAAUCUCUCUUCACGGAAUCGAUGAACGUGGAGCACGCCCUGGGGGGCAUCAAGCGAACUUUCACGGAGAUCACCCGGAGUGAGAUAAUGAACUACAGAAGCCAGCUGGAUGAGUUUGCCAGACGCUUCUACAGCCAUGGCCCCGGGGCCGUGGGCGAAGACCUUGAUAAAGGCUCGGAACUCCUAGGCAGUUUUGAAAAGGAGCUGGCAAAGCACGAGAAGAACCGGCAGGAACUGGCCAACGCGGAGAAGCUCUUUGAUCUCCCCAUCACCAUGUACCCUGAGCUCAUCAAGGUGCAGAAGGAGAUGACAGGGCUCCGGAUGAUCUAUGAACUGUACGACUCUCUGAAGCUUGCUAAGGAGGAAUGGUCCCAGACCCUCUGGAUCAACCUGAAUGUCCAGUAUCUGCAGGAAGGCAUCGAGGGUUUCCUCAAGAACCUCCGCAAGCUGCCACGGCAGGUGCGCAGCUUGUCCGUGGCCUUCCACUUGGAAGUGAAGAUGAAGGCGUUCAAGGACUCCAUCCCCCUGCUUCUGGACCUGAAGCACGAGGCCCUGAGAGAGAGACACUGGAAAGAACUCAUGGAGAAAACAGGCGUGUUCUUUGAGAUGACGGAGGCCUUCACGCUGGAGAACAUGUUCGCCAUGGAGCUGCACAGACACACGGAAGUGCUCAACGAGAUCGUCACUGCGGCCGUCAAGGAGGUGGCCAUCGAGAAGGCCGUGAAGGAAAUCCUAGACACCUGGGAGAACAUGAAGUUCACCGUGGUCAAGUACUACAAAGGCACGCAGGAGCGAGGCUACGUCUUGGGGUCCGUGGACGACAUUAUCCAAUGCUUGGACGACAACACCGUCAACUUGCAGAGCAUCUCCGGGAGCAGAUUCGUGGGGCCUUUUCUGCAAACCGUCCACAAGUGGGAGAAGACGCUGUCCUUGAUAGGCGAGGUCAUCGAGAUCUGGACGCUGGUUCAGAGGAAGUGGAUGUACCUGGAGAGCAUCUUCAUUGGGGGGGACAUACGGUCCCAGCUGCCGGAGGAGGCCAAGAAGUUUGACAACAUCGACAGGAUAUUUAAGAGGAUCAUGGGGGAGACGUUGAAAGACCCGGUGAUAAAGCGCUGCUGUGAGGCCCCAAACCGCCUCCACGACCUGCAGACCAUCAGCGAGGGCCUGGAGAAAUGCCAGAAGAGCCUGAACGACUACCUGGACUCCAAGAGGAAUGCCUUCCCCAGGUUCUUCUUCAUCUCGGACGAUGAGCUGCUCAGCAUCUUGGGUAACAGUGACCCACUGUGCGUGCAAGAGCAUAUGAUCAAGAUGUACGAUAACAUAGCCAUGCUACGCUUCCACGACGGGGACAGCGGGGAGAAGCUCGUGUCGGCCAUGAUCUCGGCCGAGGGAGAAGUCAUGACCUUCCGCAAGAUCAUCCGGGCCGAGGGCCGUGUGGAAGACUGGAUGACCGCGGUGCUUCACGAAAUGAGGAGGACCAACAGGCUCAUCACCAAGGAAGCCAUCUUCAGAUACUGUGAAGACAGAAGCAGGGUGGACUGGAUGCUGCUGUACCAAGGCAUGGUGGUGCUGGCCGCCAGCCAGGUGUGGUGGACCUGGGAAGUGGAAGACGUCUUCAACAAGGUCAAGCAAGGGGACAAGCAAGCCAUGAAGAACUACGGCAAGAAGAUGCACAGCCAGAUCGACGACCUGGUCACGCGGAUCACCAUGGAGCUGAGCAAAAACGACAGGAAGAAGUACAACACCGUCCUGAUCAUCGAUGUCCACGCCCGGGACAUCGUGGAUUCCUUCAUCCGGGGCAGCAUCCUUGAGGCCCGGGAGUUUGAAUGGGAGAGCCAGCUGCGCUUCUACUGGGACCGCGAGCCCGACGAGCUCAACAUCCGCCAGUGCACCGGGACCUUCAGCUAUGGCUAUGAGUACAUGGGCCUCAACGGGAGGCUGGUCAUCACGCCCCUCACAGACCGCAUCUACCUGACGCUCACACAGGCGCUGUCCAUGUAUCUGGGAGGUGCCCCUGCUGGCCCGGCAGGGACCGGCAAGACAGAGACCACCAAGGACCUCGCCAAAGCCCUGGGCCUCCUGUGUGUUGUCACAAACUGUGGUGAAGGCAUGGAUUACAAGGCUGUCGGGAAGAUCUUCUCUGGCCUCGCCCAGUGUGGCGCGUGGGGCUGCUUCGAUGAGUUCAACCGGAUCGAUGCCUCUGUGCUGUCUGUCAUCUCGUCUCAGAUCCAGACGAUCCGCAACGCGCUCAUCCACCAGCUGACCACGUUCCAGUUCGAAGGGCAGGAGAUCUCCCUUGACCCUCGGAUGGGCAUCUUCAUCACCAUGAACCCGGGCUAUGCGGGCCGCACGGAGCUGCCUGAGUCUGUGAAGGCGCUGUUCAGGCCUGUGGUUGUCAUUGUGCCCGACCUGCAGCAGAUCUGUGAAAUCAUGCUCUUCUCUGAGGGCUUCCUGGGCGCCAAGACGCUGGCCAAGAAGAUGACAGUCCUCUAUAAGCUGGCCCGGGAGCAGCUGUCAAAACAGCACCACUAUGACUUUGGGCUCCGGGCCCUGAAGUCGGUGUUGGUCAUGGCCGGCGAGCUGAAGAGAGGCUCCGCAGACCUGCAGGAGGAUGUUGUCCUGAUGCGGGCGCUGCGGGACAUGAACCUGCCCAAGUUUGUGUUUGAGGACGUCCCCCUCUUCCUGGGCCUCAUCUCUGACCUGUUUCCCGGGCUGGACUGCCCCCGUGUGCGCUACCCAGAUUUCAAUGAUGCCGUGGAGCAGGUGUUGGAGGAAAAUGGCUAUGUGCUUCUGCCAGUCCAGGUAGAUAAAGUGGUCCAAAUGUUCGAGACCAUGCUGACCCGCCACACCACAAUGGUGGUAGGGCCCACUGGAGGGGGCAAGUCCGUGGUCAUCAAUACUCUGUGUCAGGCCCAGACAAAGCUUGGGAUAAUGACAAAGUUGUACAUCCUGAACCCCAAAGCCGUGAGCGUCAUUGAGCUGUAUGGCAUCCUGGAUCCCACCACUCGAGACUGGACAGAUGGGGUGCUGUCCAACAUCUUCCGGGAGAUCAACAGGCCGACCGACAAGAAGGAACGGAAGUAUAUUUUGUUCGAUGGCGACGUGGAUGCCUUGUGGGUGGAAAACAUGAACUCCGUGAUGGACGACAACAAACUUUUGACCUUGGCCAAUGGGGAGCGCAUCCGGCUCCAGUCACACUGUGCCCUGCUCUUUGAGGUUGGAGACCUCCAAUACGCCUCCCCGGCUACUGUGUCUCGAUGCGGGAUGGUCUAUGUGGACCCUAAGAACCUGAAAUACCAACCAUACUGGAAGAAAUGGGUACAACAGAUACAAAACAAGGUGGAGCAAAAGUAUUUGAAUGACCUCUUCGAGAAAUACGUGCCCGCUCUCAUCGACAUGAUCAUAGAGGGGAUAGUGGACGGGAGGCAAGGGGAGAAGCUGAAGAUGGUGGUUCCCCAGACAGACCUAAAUAUGGUGACUCAGUUAACCAGGAUGUUGGAUUCGCUGCUAGAAGGAGAAAUCGAGGACCUUGACCUGCUAGAGUGCUUCUUCCUGGAGGCCCUCUACUGCUCGCUGGGCUCCUCCCUGCUUGAGGCGGGAAGGGUCAAGUUUGACGAGUGCAUCAAACGCCUCUCGUCAAUGCCCACAGCGGAUUCGGAAGGGAACUGGGCCCGCCCUGGAGAACUGCCGGGACAUCUUCCCUCCCUGUACGACUUUCAUUUCGAUGCCAAGCGGAGCCACUGGAUUCCAUGGAACAAGCUCGUUCCCGAGUACGUGCACAGCCACAAGAAGAAAUUUGUCGACAUCCUGGUUCACACAGUGGAUACCACCCGCACCACCUGGAUACUAGAGCAGAUGGUUAAAAUCAAGCACCCUGUUCUCUUUGUGGGUGAAUCCGGCACUUCUAAGACAGCCACUACCCAGAACUUCCUCAAAAACCUGAACGAGGAGACCAAUAUCGUGCUGAUAGUCAACUUCUCUUCUCGGACCACAUCCCUGGACAUCCAGAGAAAUCUGGAAGCCAAUGUGGAGAAGCGGACAAAGGACACGUAUGGGCCACCCAUGGGGAAGCGCCUGCUGGUGUUCAUGGAUGACAUGAACAUGCCAAAGGUGGACGAGUAUGGUACCCAGCAGCCCAUCGCUUUGCUGAAGCUGCUGCUGGAAAAGGGCUACUUAUAUGACCGUGGGAAAGAACUCAACUGUAAGAGUAUCCGUGAUCUGGGCUUCAUCGCUGCUAUGGGGAAGGCAGGAGGGGGCCGCAAUGAAGUGGACCCCAGGUUCCUCUCACUGUUCAGCGUCUUCAACGUUCCUUUCCCAUCGGAGGAAUCUCUGAACUUGAUCUACUACUCCAUUCUGAAGGGCCACACCUCGACCUUUAACGAGAGCAUCAGCGGUGUGAGCAGGAAGCUGACAUUUUGCACAUUAACACUUUACAAAAACAUUGUUCAAGAUCUGCCUCCCACCCCUUCGAAGUUCCAUUACAUCUUCAACCUCCGAGACCUCUCCAGGGUUUUUAAUGGCCUUGUCCUUACUAAUCCAGAUCGGUUCCAGACAGUGUCCCAGAUGGUGAGGGUAUGGAGAAAUGAGUGCUUGCGGGUUUUCCAUGACCGGCUCAUCAAUGAAAUAGACAAGGAGCUGGUACAAGAUCACAUAGGGAACCUGGUGACGGAGCAUUUUAAAGAUGACUUCGAGAUGGUGAUGAGAGAUCCCAUUCUGUUCGGGGACUUCCGGUUGGCUCUGCAAGAGGGGGAGCCACGCAUUUAUGAAGACAUCCAGGACUACGAGGCCGCCAAGGCACUGUUCGAGGAAAUCCUCGAGGAAUACAAUGAAGUCAACACCAAGAUGAACCUGGUGCUGUUUGACGACGCGCUGGAGCACCUGACCCGCGUGCACCGCAUCAUUCGGAUGGACCGAGGCCACGCGUUGCUGGUGGGGGUGGGUGGCUCCGGGAAGCAGUCGUUGGCCAGGCUGGCGGCCUUCACCGCAGGCUACGAGGUGUUUGAGAUCCUGCUGAGCCGAGGCUACUCAGAGAAUAACUUCCGGGAUGAUCUGAAGAACCUGUACAUGAAGCUGGGGCUGGAGAACAAGAUGAUGAUCUUCCUGUUCACAGACGCGCACGUGGCUGAGGAGGGCUUCCUGGAACUCAUCAACAACAUGCUGACCUCAGGAAUGGUCCCUGCGCUCUUCACAGAAGAGGAAAAGGACAACAUCCUUAGUCAGAUUGGCCAGGAGGCCUUGAAGUUCGGCAUGGGUCCAGCCAAGGAGUCCGUGUGGCAGUUUUUCGUGAAUAAAAGCGCUAACAACCUACACAUCGUCCUGGGCAUGUCACCAGUGGGAGACACCUUGAGGACCCGGUGUAGGAAUUUCCCAGGCCUAGUGAACAACACCGGCAUUGACUGGUUCAUGCCCUGGCCAUCGCAGGCCUUGCACGCAGUGGCCAAGUCGUUUUUAGGCGAUAACUACAUGAUUCCUGGUGAGAAACUUGAGGAGCUCGUGGAGCACGUGGUCAUGGUCCACCAAUCUGUGGGCGAGUUCAGCAAGCAGUUCCAGCAGAAGCUGAGGCGCAGCAACUAUGUGACGCCUAAGAACUACCUAGACUUCAUUAACACCUACUCAAAGCUGCUAGAUGAGAAAACCCAGUACAACAUAGCCCAGUGCAAACGUCUGGAGGGAGGGCUGGACAAGCUGAAGGAGGCUACCAUCCAGCUGGACGAGCUGAACCUGAAGCUGGCGGAACAGAAGAUUGUCCUGGCUGAGAAGUCAGCUGCCUGCGAGGCCCUGCUGGAGGAAAUCGCCACCAACACAGCCAUAGCGGAGGAGAAGAAGAAGCUGGCGGAGGAGAAGGCCAUAGAGAUCGAAGAGCAGAACAAGAUCAUCGCUGUGGAGAAGGCCGAGGCCGAGACAGCUCUGGCUGAGGUCAUGCCCAUCCUGGAGGCCGCCAAACUGGAGCUGCAGAAGCUGGACAAGUCAGACGUGACUGAAAUCAGGUCAUUCGCGAAGCCCCCGAAGCAAGUGCAGACAGUCUGUGAGUGCAUCCUCAUCAUGAAAGGCUACAAGGAGCUUAACUGGAAAACGGCCAAGGGCAUGAUGUCGGACCCCAACUUCCUGAGGUCCCUGAUGGAAAUCGACUUCGAUUCCAUCACCCAGGGUCAAGUGAAGAACAUCAAAGGCCUCCUAAAGACCCUGAACACCACAAUCGAAGAGAUGGAGGCUGUGAGCAAGGCGGGGCUGGGCAUGCUGAAGUUCGUGGAGGCCGUCAUGGGCUACUGUGAUGUGUUUCGGGAGAUCAAGCCCAAAAGAGAAAAGGUGGCCAGGCUGGAGCGAAAUUUCUUCCUAACCAAACGAGAGCUAGAGAGGAUCCAGAAUGAGCUGGCAGCAAUCCAGAAGGAACUGGAGGCUUUGGGGGCCAAGUAUGAGGCCGCCAUCCUAGAGAAGCAGAAGCUGCAGGAGGAGGCAGAGAUCAUGGAGAGGCGGCUGAUCGCGGCGGACAAGCUCAUCUCUGGGCUGGGCUCAGAAAACGUCAGGUGGCUGAACGACCUGGAUGAGCUAAUGCACCGGCGGGUGAAGCUGCUAGGCGACUGCUUGCUCUGUGCGGCCUUCUUGAGCUACGAGGGCGCCUUCACCUGGGAGUUUCGUGAUGAGAUGGUCAACCAGGUGUGGCAGAACGACAUCUUGGAUCGUGACAUCCCCCUGAGCCAGCCUUUCCGACUGGAGAACCUCCUCACAGAUGAUGUUGAGAUCAGCAGGUGGGGCUCCCAGGGUCUUCCCCCCGAUGAGCUCUCGGUUCAGAAUGGCAUCCUUACAACCCGGGCCAGUCGCUUCCCGCUCUGCAUCGACCCCCAGCAGCAGGCCCUCAACUGGAUCAAAAGAAAAGAGGAGAAGAACAACCUACGGGUUGCUUCCUUCAAUGACCCCGACUUCCUGAAGCAGCUCGAGAUGUCCAUAAAGUACGGGACCCCCUUCCUGUUCCAUGACGUGGAUGAGUACAUCGACCCUGUGAUUGACAGCGUCCUGGAGAAGAACAUCAAGACCUCCCAAGGCCGCCAGUUCAUCAUUCUGGGGGACAAGGAGGUCGACUAUGACUCCAACUUCCGGCUGUACCUCAACACCAAGCUGGCCAAUCCUAGAUACUCCCCAUCGGUGUUUGGGAAGGCCAUGGUCAUCAACUAUACUGUCACUCUGAAGGGCCUGGAGGACCAGCUGCUGAGUGUGCUGGUGGCCUACGAGAGGCGCGAGCUGGAGGAGCAGAGAGAGCACCUCAUCCAGGAGACCAGCGAGAACAAGAACCUGCUCAAGGACCUGGAGGACUCGCUCCUGCGCGAGCUGGCCACGUCCACGGGCAACAUGCUGGACAACGUGGAGCUGGUGCAGACCCUGGAAGAGACCAAGUCCAAAGCCACAGAGGUUUCAGAGAAGCUGAAGCUGGCGGAGAAGACAGCCCUGGACAUUGACAGGCUGCGGGAUGGCUACCGGCCGGCUGCGAGACGGGGCGCCAUUCUGUUCUUUGUGCUGUCGGAGAUGGCGCUUGUCAACUCCAUGUACCAGUACUCCCUCAUCGCCUUCCUGGAGGUCUUCGGGCUGUCGCUGAAGAAGUCACUACCCGACUCCAUCCUUCUGAAGCGUCUGAGAAACAUCAUGGACACGUUGACCUUCAACAUCUACAACUACGGCUGCACCGGGCUGUUUGAGAAGCAUAAGCUCCUCUUCUCCUUCAACAUGACCAUCAAGAUAGAGCAGGCAGAGGGGAGGGUCCCCCAGGACGAGCUAGACUUCUUCCUAAAAGGGAACAUUUCUCUGGAGAAGAGCAAGUGGAAGAAACCAUGUGCUUGGCUGUCGGACCAGGGCUGGGAAGACAUCAUUCUCCUGUCAGAAAAGUUUUCCAACAUCUUUGGGAACCUUCCUCUUGAUAUUGAACAUCAUCUCCCCACGUGGCAAGAGUGGUACGACCAGGAUUCGCUAGAGCAGUUCCCGUUCCCCCUGGGCUACGACGAUAACAUCACUGCUUUCCAGAAACUGCUGAUUUUACGCUGCUUCCGAGUAGACCGGGUGUACCGGGCUGUGACUGACUAUGUGACCCUCACCAUGGGGGAAAAGUACGUGCAGCCCCCGAUGAUCAGCUUCGAGGCCAUUUUUGAGCAGAGCACCCCCAAUUCGCCCAUCGUGUUCAUCCUGAGCCCUGGCUCUGACCCCGCCAGUGACCUCAUGAAGCUGGCUGAACGGAGUGGCUUCGGGGGCACGCGCCUCAAGUUUCUUGCCAUGGGUCAAGGCCAAGAAAAGGUGGCUCUGCAGCUGCUGGAGACCGCAGUGGCCCGGGGACAGUGGCUGAUGCUACAGAACUGCCACCUCCUGGUCAAGUGGCUGAAGGACCUGGAGAAGUCCCUGGAGAGGAUCACCAAGCCACACCCUGACUUCCGCCUGUGGCUCACCACAGACCCCACCAAGGGCUUCCCCAUUGGAAUCCUGCAGAAGUCCUUAAAGGUGGUCACGGAGCCACCUAACGGGCUCAAACUGAACAUGAGAGCAACCUAUUUCAAGAUCUCCAAUGACAUGCUGGAGCAGUGUCCGCAUACCGCCUUCAAGCCCCUGGUCUACGUGUUGGCCUUCUUCCACGCUGUGGUCCAGGAGAGGCGGAAGUUUGGCAAGAUCGGCUGGAACGUGUACUACGACUUUAAUGAAUCUGACUUCCAGGUCUGUAUGGAAAUCCUAAACACGUACCUAACGAAAGCCUUCCAGCAGCGUGACCCUCGCAUCCCCUGGGGCAGCCUCAAGUACCUUAUUGGAGAGGUCAUGUAUGGAGGCCGAGCUAUCGACAGCUUCGACCGGCGCAUCCUCACCACGUACAUGGAUGAGUAUCUGGGAGACUUCAUCUUCGAUACUUUUCAACCGUUCCACUUCUUCCGGAACAAGGAUGUGGACUAUAAAAUUCCCGUGGGUGAUGUGAAGGAUAAAUUUGUCGAAGCCAUUGAGGCCCUCCCACUUGCCAACACACCGGAAGUGUUCGGUCUCCAUUCCAAUGCUGAGAUUGGCUAUUACACACAGGCAGCUCGCGACAUGUGGGGUCAUCUGCUGGAGCUGCAGCCACAGACAGGGGAGUCCAGCAGCGGCAUCAGCCGUGACGACUACAUUGGCCAGGUGGCCAAAGACAUUGAGAACAAGAUGCCCAAGAUCUUUGACCUGGACCAGGUUCGGAAGCACCUGGGCUUGAGCAUCACCCCCACCUCGGUGGUACUGCUGCAGGAGCUGGGGCGCUUCAACAAGCUUGUCAUUCGUAUGACCAGGUCUCUGGCUGAGCUCCAGAGGGCCUUGGCUGGGGAAGUCGGAAUGAGCAAUGAGUUAGAUGAUGUAGCCAGGUCUCUCUUCCUUGGCCACAUCCCUCACAUCUGGAGGAAGCUUGCCCCUGACACCCUGAAGACCCUCGGAAACUGGAUGGUCUACUUCCUGCGGCGGUUCAGCCAGUACACACUGUGGGUCACGGAGAGUGAGCCCAGUGUGAUGUGGCUCUCAGGGCUGCACAUCCCAGAGUCCUACCUCACAGCCCUGGUACAGGCCACAUGCCGGAGGAAUGGCUGGCCGCUGGACCGGUCCACCUUAUUUACACAAGUGACCAAGUUCCAGGAUGCCGAUGAAGUAAACGAGCGUGCGGGGCAAGGGUGCUUUGUUUCUGGGCUCUACCUGGAAGGUGCCGACUGGGACAUAGAGAGAGGGUGUCUCGUCAAGAGCAAGCCCAAGGUGCUGGUUGUGGACCUGCCCAUCCUCAAGAUCAUCCCCAUUGAAGGUCACCGCCUGAAGCUACAGAACACCUUCCGGACCCCUGUCUACACCACCUCCAUGAGGAGAAAUGCCAUGGGGAUCGGCUUAGUGUUCGAAGCUGACCUCUUCACGGCAAAACACAUCUCACACUGGGUGCUCCAGGGGGUGUGCCUCACCCUGAACUCAGAUUAA